AUGGCUUCUAUAACAUCGAUCGUCAAGGCAUCCGACUGGAUUUUAUCCAGACCAACUUUGGCUAAGGUUGUUACACCGCUCGCCAAAACUUUUGUUGCAUACGCUGGCUAUAGAGAAAUGGGGUUGAAAUUUAACGACUUGAUCGCUGAAGAGAAUCCUAUUGCUCAGAAAGCGAUUUCAAGACUUCCUGAGGAUGAAAGCUACGCUAGAAACUUUAGGAUUAUCACUGCUCAUCAAUGUGCUUUAUCUAAUCAUUUGCUUCCUCCAAACAAGGUUGUCAAACCAGAGGAGGAUAACCAUUACUUGAUUCCGUAUCUCUUGGAAGCUGAAAAAGAAGCUUUUGAGAAGAAGGAGUUGGACAACAUCCAAGUAUGA